AUGACUUUAAUUGCUGCCAAGUCAUCUGAUCACGAACUUUACGAAAACCAGUUCCGCCUCAACGAUCCACACUGUCUGGUUAGUUCAAACAGCACCCACCUCAUAGCAAGCGUGGCCUACAACUCCUGUGGGACGGAGAUUGAGGAAACAGAACAUGACAUUGUGUUUAAAAAUCAGGCCACCUCCUUUGGUAACGAAUUCAGCGUCAUUACCAGGAAACAUGGGGUGUCAAUCCCCUUCAACUGCUCCUUUCCAAAAAUGAGCCGGGUGUCCUCUUCAUUUCAUGCCCAUAAAUCCGAUUACGUGUUCACAGAGGCCGGAUUCGGUAACUUCACCUACAAGUUCCAGUUCUACACAGACGAUCGCUUUGUAGAGGUCGAGACCCAGUAUCCUCUGGAGGUGACUCUGCAGGAAUUACUCUACAUGGAGAUUCAAGUUGAUUCUUCAGUCCCCAACGUCCAAUUAUUUGUGGAGUCUUGUAAAGCCACACCGCACGAUAACCCUAGUGACCCCGUAUUUUACGACUUCAUACAAAACGGAUGCAUAAAGGAUGAAACUUUAGUAGUUUACUCUGCAACAAGGACCGAAUACAGGUUUGCAAUGGAGGCUUUUGCAUUUAUCGGAGACUAUAGUGAAGUUUACGUGAGUUGCACAGUCAUCUUGUGUAAGUUUGGAGAGUCAGGUACUCGCUGCAGCCAAGGCUGUAUCACAAAAUCACAGGGAGACUCUAAUAGGCAACGACACAGGAGAUCAUUGACCUCAGAGUCUCAGCAGCACUUCAUCUCCCAGGGUCCGCUCAGAAUGAAAAGACAAUCUCCUGGUAAUACAGAUCAAGCAGAAUCGUCCUCUCUGAAUGUGAACACCCUGGUGAUUUCGCUAUCAGGAGUGGUCAUUGUGGCAUUGCUCGGCUUCAUCGCCCGCUUAUAUACAAAAAGACCCAGACUGUCGGGUUAUGAGUUACUAAAAACUCAAGAUUUCUGA